AUGCAAGAAAGUGACAUAACACAUGAUUCCUCUGUACCUUUUAUUCAAAAUGAUGUUAAAAAUAAUGUAGAUAAUGAUACUUCCAAUGAUCCGUUUUAUGAAUUAAUUGAAAAUCAAGCUAAAGAAUUUAAAGAAUUUGGCAAACAAAUGAGUUUAGAUUUGUUCAUGGCCUAUAAAGAACAUUUAAAUCAAGAUGAAGAAAGUGUUAAUAUGGAAAAUGAAUCUAAAAAGGAUUGUGAAUGUAAAGAACAGAUCAUUGCCCAAGAACAAUUGAUAGAUUCAUUAAGAGCACGUAUAGAAGAAUUGGAAACCGAUUCUAUGAUUAAAAAUCAAGAUAUUAAAAAACUUCGGCAAGAUUUUAUUGAUUUAAAAGGAUCAAUUCUCGAGAGUAGCAUUCGUCCAAGUAAGGAUGAAAGCAGAAAUGAACCGUCAAACUCUAUUAAGGAUGAUAAUUUUGGUAUUCAAAUGGAGACGUCAGAAAUUAAAGAAGUAGGAAAUUCUAGCUUAUAUAUUGAUCAUACUAUAAAAUCACCUAAUAAAGUAAAGUUCGUUGAACCUUCAAUGUCCUCCUUAUAUAAAAAAAAAUUCGUUAAACCUUUGACACCUUUCAAUCAAUAUAACGAAUAUCCUUCAACGCCUUUCCAAUAUAACGAAGACAACGUUGAACCUUCAAUUUACCAGCAAUAUAACGAAGACAAUUUUGAACCUUUAGCAACUUUCCAGCAUUAUAACGAAGACAAUUAUGAAACUUCAAAACCUUAUCAGCAAUACAACAAAAGUUAUGUUGAACCUUCAACAUAUAAUCAGCAAUAUAAUGAAGAAUUUUUUGUACCUUCAACUCCUUCCCAUCAAUAUAAUGAAGAAACAUUUACAAAAGUUCCAACAUCAUACCAUGAAGACGACAUAUACAAUAAUAACGAACCUUUAUGGAUUUCUGAAGCUCCAUCUACUACAAUUAAUUAUCAACAAAAACUUAAACAACAGCAAGUAAAUAGUAAACUACAAAAAGUUGAGCAAAAACUUGAAGAACCUACUAUUUCUAAUAGUCAAAAUGUUUUUGCAAAAAUAACGAAAGUGCUUGAAGAUGAAAAUGCACGUAAUUUAAUAAAAAAUAUUUCUCUUAAUCAAUUAUUAAAAUAUGAAAAAUCAACAGAAAUUAGUUAUUUAAUUGAAAAAUCUCAAAGACUUGUUAAACGUAGGAUUAAUGAAAUGUUAAGAGAUGAAUUGUCAAAAGAUUACGAGAUAUCACAACCUAUUAGCAUUUAUGCAGCGAGAGGAAUGAUUCCUCCUUUGCCAAAGGGUAUUAAAAGUUAUACUGAAUUUCAGAGAACUGCUAGUUAUGUUUUGUUAUCUGGUCCGAGAAAGCAGAGAAUUAAUAAAGUGAUCUCGAAAGAACAAAUGAUGGUAAAUUAA